AAAUGCGUUGAAUGGGCUGCGUUUAUAGCAUGGUCUGAUCUCAACAAAGUAGCAUGUGUGUCUGUUAGGAGAGCCUAGAAGAAUACAGCUUGAGAAUAGAUUCAAGCUCACUUACACCACAUAACCUAGACUAUGGACGUCACACAGUUCGUCUUCAUAUUCCUCCAAGUUGACAUCCGAUUCAAAGCCAUCUAUAUCAUUCUGUGCUUCAUCUCACACUCCAAUCUAAUUUUUCGACUUCAUUCUAGGGUAAGUCAACAACACCGUCCCUCUCCACGAUGCACACAUACACAUACAUCCCAUAUACUUCACAACCAAUGCAUACACCUACCUCAACACACCUACCUCAACACAACAUACACAAUCCAUCCAUCCAUCCACAUCAAUCCCUCCCAUCUACGGUUAUGCAAACAAAUUACAUCUAAUCCCAAUGCCUUGGUCCCGGAACCCAUCAUCUCCGCCUCCCCUCCGCACCCCGAUCCACACAAGGGAACCAUGCAAACCUACAUUUACGCCCCCAAUGUUAACGUAACUCUUUUCCUUCUUCUCGCAUCCGUGCAUCACUAACUCAUACGAAACACACCCAAUGAAACUCGGGGAGCUGUCAAAAGGAGACCCUAAUUAGCCACAUGACAGGUCACCUAUACCACACUUUUAGCGAAAUACACCAUGCUUUUUCCUCCCCAUACCUUCGAGACAAACGAAAAGUCACUGUCCUCGGCGUUAAAGAAUCAUCUACAGGAACGUGUCGGCCCGAUCAUUAUACUAGUAAAAAAGAAAGCAAGAAAAUGGUCAAAAUCGUCUGAUUA